AUGACAUUGGAAGAAAAGUGCAAUUCAACGGCGGGCGUACCUAGUCCAUGUGCCGGAUAUGUUCCUCCUGUUCCUCGCCUCGGUUUCAAUGGAAUGUGUCUUCAAGAUGCACCAUCAGGUGUUGGAGACGGCGUCGGAUUUGUCACUUCUUUCCCCGGUGGAAUUCACACAGCAGCUAUGUGGGAUAAAGACUUAAUGUUCAAGAGGGCGUCGAUCAUAGGACAGGAAUUUCGUGAGAAAGGCGUAAACAUUGCUUUGGGACCAAUGAUUAAUAUCGAUCGAAAUGCUUUACAUGGAAGAAAUUGGGAAGGAUUCGGAUCGGAUCCAUAUCUAUCGGGAAUGAAUGCUUAUCAAUACGUGCUUGGCUUGCAAGAGCAAGGUGUAGUGGCCACUCCAAAACACUACAUCGGAAAUGAACAGGAAACAAAUCGGUUAUCAGAUAGUUAUUCAGCAAAUAUCGAUGAUAAAACCGUUCAUGAAAUCUACUUAUGGCCAUUUGCCGAUGCUGUAUAUGCCGGUGCUGGAUCAGUAAUGUGUUCAUACAAUCGAGUGAAUCAAACGCAUGCUUGUCAGAACAACAAGACCCUGAAUGGAUUGUUAAAAAAUGAACUCGUUUAUAGAGGAAAUGUAAUGUCUGAUUGGGGUGCCACACAUGCAGGUGUUGAAUCGGCGCUAGGUGGAUUGGACAUAGAAAUGCCAGGUGGAUCUGGUUUUAUGGGUUAUGCUCUUCUCGCUAAAGUACAUGACGGAUCGCUCUCCGAAGCGAGAGUGAAUGAUAUGGUCACACGCAUCUUUGCACCAUACUUUCUACUAGAACAAGAUCAAAGUUUUCCGAAACUCGAUUGGAAUCGCGAUGUGACACACGAUCAUUACAAGGUGAACCGAGAAUUAGCCAGAGCAGGCAUGAUUCUAUUAAAAAAUCUAAGGAAUACAUUGCCGUUGAAUGCCAGUAUGGACAGAUUGUUGACGAUUUUUGGAGCAGCAGCGACACAAUAUGAUGGUGGAUUGAAUCCGGGUGGAGGACCGACCGGACAAGGUUAUGAUGGUGCUAUAUAUCAAGGUGGUGGAUCAGGUUUCGUUAAGCCAACUUAUGGUGUCGAUCCACUCAGCGCUCUUCUUGCCAAAGCCCGCAACGUUCGUGGUUCAGAAGUAGUUCAACUGUAUUUGGGCUUUCCUGAUGAAGCAGCUGAACCACCAAAAGUAUUAAGAGGAUUCUCAAGAGUUUAUCUGGAGCCAGGUGAGACUAUGAUCGUAACAUUAACAAUGAGAGUGAAGGAUAUUGCGUAUUGGAAUGUAAUUACGCAACAAUUUACAGUGGCUAAGGGUAAUUACAAGGUUUAUGUGGGUACAUCAGCAAAUUGGGAUGAUUUGAAAUUACAAGGAUCAUUCACUGUAUAA